CCCUUUGCCUUGUCAGCAGUGUGCUGUACGUAGUGAAUGAGAGAGAGAGGCUGCAGGAGUGCAGGGGGGCAACAGCUUCUGUCCCAGCCGGCGGGGGAGACAGCAGGAGCCGAUGCAGGAAGUGUAGCCAUAGUGACACAACAGGGCAAAAGUGUCAGUGACUGUGGCCCAGUACCCGGCACAGGAGUGAGGACUGUACACCCGGCUCAGGAGUGGUGACUGUGUCCCUGCAGCCAGCAACAGUAGUGGAGACUGAGCCCCUGCAGCCAGAAGUGAGGACUGUGCCCCUGUACCCAGGUGUCCCAGCAAGAGAGGAGUGGUGACUGUAACCAGCAGCACAUGAGUGAGGACUGUGCCCCUGUACCCAGCUCAGGAGUGAGGACUGUGCCCCCUGUACCCAGCACAGGAGUGAGGACUGUGCCCCCUGUACCCAGCAGCACAGGAGUGAGGACUGUGCCUCUGUACCCAGCUCAGGAGUGAGGACUGUGCCCCCUGUACCCAGCACAGGAGUGAAGACUGUGCCCCCUGUACCCAGCACAGGAGUGGUGACUUUACCCAGCAGGAGAGGGGCAGCAUGCAUCUGGUGCUUGGCUCGGUGGCCCUUGUUGGCUGUGCCCUUCUGAUAUGUGAGCUGCUGCGGUGGCUGUCCCGGCGGUAUUUGCCCUCUGGUCAGGGGCAGGAGCUGGCCCUGGAGGCGGUGGGCAUGCUGCAGAUGGGCUGCUGCACCAGGGAGAUGAUCCUGCUGGGAUCUCUGGGGGGCCUGGACACCUGGCUGGCCCUGACCCUCACCUACCUGCAGGUGGUGCUGCACUGCCUGACUUCCCGGGGCGCCACCUGUAACCCGUGUGGCAGUGCCCAGCAGUGGCUGUGUGGCCGGGCCCCCGGGGCACAGACUGCCUUGCGGGUGGGGGCGCAGUUUGCGGGCGCUGCGCUGUCCUGGGUGCUGAUGCCCCGGCUCUGGCUCCUAGGACUGUCCCCUCUGCAUGGGGUGGCUGGGCAAUGCAGUAACCCCAUGCGUGUGGCCCUUGUGCCAGGGGCCCUGGUGGAGAUGACCUGCACCCUGUGCCUCUACCUUAUACUGCAUUUCCUACCUCAGGUGAAAGCCCAACAACAGCCCCAGGUGGUGGCACUGACCAUUACUGGCAUCGUCUAUGCAGGUGCACACCUGACAGGAGCUGUCUUUAACCCAGCGCUGGCCUUUGCUGUCAUGUUUAUGUGCCAAGGAAGUACCCUCUCUCAGUACGUGACAGUGUACUGCAUCGGACCACUGAUUGGGAUGGUUCUCUCCAUCUUGGCGCUGGAACGCGGCAUUCCGAAACUGGGGCUGGCUAGAAAGUCUCCAAAACUUCCAAAGAGGGACUGAGAGGUCGUCGAGGGUCCCAAGUCCUAUUUGCCUUACUUGACUGUAAUAAAUCACAUGCUGAAAUAAUGAA